CAUUCAUAGCCUGAGAUUCAAUCAGGAUCAAGGUUGUUUUACGUGUUGCAUGGAAUCUGGACUGAGAAUCUAUAAUGUCGACCCAUUGGUUGAGAAGGCGCAUUUUGAUAAUGAUUUAAUGGGAAGUAUCUCCAUGGCCGAGAUGCUCUGGAGAACAAAUGUGAUUGCCGUGGUAGGUGGUGGGAAUCGUGCUAAAUUUGCUGAUAACACUGUUCUGAUUUACGACGAUCUAUUGAAGAAGUUUGUCAUGGAAGUCACCUUUACCAGUAUCAUUAAAGCAAUCAGAUUGCGAAGGGACAAAAUGAUAGUGGCACUGCAGCGAGAGAUACAUGUCUUUUCGUUUCCUACGCCUGUCCGAAGGUUGUUAACACUUGAAACUAGAGACAAUCCAACAGGCUUGGUAGAAAUAGCGACGUUCGCGACAGCGCAAAGGCAAUUGCUAGCCUUUCCUGGGCAUAAACUUGGUAGUGUACAAUUGGUGGAUCUUGGAGCUACCGAAGCUGGUAGUUCCAGUGCACCUGUUACUCUUUCAGCACAUCAGGGUGCACUGGCAUGUCUGGCAGUUAAUGGAAAUGGGACCAUGAUCGCGACUGCAUCUGUUCAGGGAACUUUAAUUAGAGUGUGGGAUUCUGUACGCAGGAGUUUAUUGGUUGAAUUAAGGCGCGGUGCUGAUCCUGCUACUCUCUAUUGCAUAACAUUCAGUAGAGAUUCGGAAUUCUUGUGUGUUUCGAGCGAUAAAGGAACAGUUCAUAUAUUUGCUCUGAAAAAUACGAGUUUGAAUCGACGAUCCACCUUUUCAAAUAUGGGGUUCUUGGGCAAUUACGUCGAGAGUCAGUGGGCAUUAGCUACCUUCACAGUACCUCCAGAAUGCGCUUGCGUUUGUGCAUUUGGGACACACAAUUCUGUGAUAGCUGUAUGUAUGGACGGAACGUUUCACAAAUACGUCUUCACCGCGGAAGGUAAUUGCAAUCGACAAGCAUUCGAUGUCUUUCUCGACGUGUGUGAUGACGACGAUUUUUAAUAUGAGGCCUAUUACGUAUGCAUGUGCGUAUAGUUAUAUAAGGCUAUAUACUUGCAACGAAAUUUCUAGUCGGUUUACGAAUGAAAUUUCUUGUAUGUGAUAUAAUUGUACAGGUAAUCGAAUCGCUAAUUACUUACGUAGAAAGCACAUAAGUCAUGGAAAAAUCAGUGUUCUAUGGAGUCUUCAUACAAUACAAUCUUUUUUUUAUGACUUAUGUACUUUCCAUAAUUAUACAGUUUUAAUAAAUAUGAA